GGUCGUCACGGACGAGGCUCGAUAUUCGUCUGGGCAAGUGGCAAUGGUGGCAAGGAUGCUGAUUCCUGCAAUUGCGACGGGUAUACAAAUAGUAUCUAUACACUUUCAAUAUCAUCGGCCACGGAGCACGGCAAUAUACCGUGGUACUCGGAGGCAUGCAGCUCAACGCUCGCCACUGCAUAUAGCAGUGGUGCGACCGGCGAAAAAAUGAUUGUUUACAUGCUGCAGGUGACAACUGAUCUGCAUCACUCGUGCACGAAUGCCCACACGGGUACCUCAGCAAGUGCGCCGCUAGCUGCUGGCAUUGUUGCCCUGACCCUUGAGGCCAAUCCAAAGUUAACAUGGCGAGAUAUGCAGGUCUCACAUUCGUUUGGGUUUGGCCUAAUGGACGCUGGCGCUAUGGUCCGUUUAGCGAGUAACUGGACAGCGGUCCCAGAGCAGAGGAAGUGUGUUGUGUUUUAUCCGGCUCGAUAUAACACUAAUAACGUUAACGGCACCGAAGCGAGGAGAUAUACAGAUUUAUUUGACUUCACCCUCAGGCUUCUGUACACUGAUGGAUGCGCGAACGAUCCGCGCAACAAAGUGGUCUAUUUGGAGCAUGUGCAAGCACUAAUAACGUUAACGGCACCGAAGCGAGGAGAUAUACAGAUUUAUUUGACUUCACCCUCAGGCUUGUACACGAUCGACACUGUUGGCGAAACGAGCUCGCGACACCUCGAGGACCGGGAAUGGGCCUUCAUGACAACCCACAACUGGGGUGAGGUGGCUGCUGGACUGUGGACACUAGAAAUCGACAACGAUGGAUGGGAUGGUAAAGUGCUUUUAAUGGUGUGA